UAGGAAAAGAGCGACGGUACCAACACCAUCAAGGAGAACCCCCCGUGUUCCUUCCCCGUCCCCCCGCAGCCGUCGGAGCCUCUCGGAGGCCGAUCCCGUGCGGAUAACGCGGCUGAAGAGCUCCAGCGAUGCCGCCGGCAGGAAAGGGAUAACAGGGAUAACACGCAGCACAUGAGCAGGGAAGAAGGAACGCAGGGAAAAGCCGCAUCCCCGCCUCCAAGGAUUUCCCACCGCCAAGAGGGGAAAACAAGGGAGGAAACAAGAAUUUUCCUGGGGGAGGGAGCUCGGGGAGAGAGCGGGAGCCCUGUGACUGUCUCCUGCCGUACACGCGAGUAUUUAUUGUUCUACUAAUCCGUGCCUGGAGUGUCUCAAGCAGCGGGGGACUCCCCGAGGUGGGGAGAGGAGGAGGGUGAGGGGGGAAGACCCUGGGCCGGCUGCUCUGAGGAUGCUCCGGGCGGCUCAGAGCAGCGGCGCUCUGCUCCGUCCCUCCCCGCCGAGGAUGCUCCAGGGCCGGGGAGGCUCCCCGGGCGUGCUGCUCCCCAGUGUCGACAGGCGGGGAGCCCCCAAAUCUCUCCUUUCGCUUCUCUUUUUAUUUAUUUGGGGUUUUAUUGCGCUUUUGGCAGGGCGGGCGGGUGCUGCGGCUCCCGGGGGCCGGGGGGGAUGCGCAGGGAGCGGGAGGAACGCGGAAUUCCGGGCGAGGGCGGUGUUAGAGGGGUGAGUUCCCCACCCACGCGUGGGCCCGGCCAGUGAGAGGGGAGACCCCCACACCCCCGCCCGAGGAGCCCCUCCCCGAGCACCCCGGCUGCGUUUUCCUGGAGCUUUCAGGACCCAUCCGGAGAUCCACAGCAUCGCGCUGGGUUUUACCCCGAGGAUGAGAAUCCUUCUCCCGGCAGGGGAGCGGCACUGGGCCACAAACCCCACGGGUGAAGGGGAAUUCGCAGGGAAAUUCGGGGAUGGCAUCGCCAGAGCCGGAUGGUGCUGGGGGACACCCGGAGCUCGGCUUUUACCUCCUCCCUUGCCGGGUUAAAAAUCUCAGCAGCCCCGUGGGAUAUUUCUCUUUGAAGGAGAAAAGGAUCCCCCUCAGGCCUCUUCUUCCCUCCCUCGGAUGCUCCACAGAACAGGGGGUCCCGCAGGUCUAAACCCGCGGGGGGACUGGGGACACAGGCGACACCUCCAACUGUAUCGGAAUCCCUCGGGGCCUCGGAUUAAAGCUGUUACGUCAGUAAAUUAAAAAAAAAAAAAAUCCGACAACAGAAAACACAGCCCCAAACCUGGACGUUUAUACAGAAAAAGAGCAUCACAAAUUCCUAAUGUAAGCACCGGCCAGCUGUGUGCACUUGUAAAGUUGUUAUAAUCCCCCUCCUUGUUAUAAACAGGAAAGUACAUAAUAUAAAGCAACAGGCCCGCAUUCACAAAUACUGACCCUCCUCCCCGGGCCUGCCAAAUUCCCCUUUUGCUGCAGUCUCGGGCUGCACUGGGGGUCCCCCUCCGCCCGUCCCGGGGGUCUCCUCGGGGUGCAAACCCCGGUCCCCUCCACACCUGAUCCCCCUUCCCUUUCCCUUCCUCGCCAUCGCAGCUCUGCCUCCUCCCCUCAUCCCCCCCUUUCUCUUCCUUUCUUCAAUUAUUAUUAUUUUUUUUUAUUUUUGUGUUGCUGAAUGCCCCGGUUUUGCUGCGGGGAUCCCUGCCCGCUGCUCCCCAGCUCCAGCAGCGAACAUCCUGCUCUGCUGUGUGUGCUUACAGCGUCAAAGGGUGGACGUGAUAUUUCAAACAUCAGAUCAGUGCGUUUAUAUAUUGGGUGCCCGGAAAUUUUUCCAAAUAAACACAGCUUGAUUCGACUUGGGUGGGCAGACUUAUCAACAGACUAAUUCUAUAAACAAAUGAAGGAAUAACCCGGAGACCAUUGGCUGGUACCAGCGAGACACGUGGAGAGAGCUCGGAGUUUUGUAGCAAUGAAAUUUUAAUUAAUGUGGGUGGGCUGAGAACACAAACGACUGUUUAUCAGAGACAAUUUAUUUUCCAGCGCUAAGUCAACAUAUAAUAGCAAACUUACAACAAUUAUUUAACUUUUUUUUUCCUCCCUUUUUUUUUUUUUUUUUUUUUUUUUUUAAGAGCUAUGAAGCAGGGACAGAGGCAGAGCGAGCUCCUUCAGGCAGGGCUGGGAGCUGAGCUCGCACAAACAGCUCCCCGGUGGACUCGUCCCACGUUCCUGCCCUGCUCGGCUGCGAGGGGGAAGAAGCGGAGCUGCGAGCCCGCCGGCGAUGAGCCACAUCUACGGUAGCCACCUCUCCCCCCUGGGUAGCCCAUCCAUGGUUUACCUGCCCGCCGCGCUCGGUUUCACCCCAGGGGGGGCGAUAUCCCGGCAGGACCCCCCUCAGAAACCCCCUUACAGCUACAUCGCCCUCAUCGCCAUGGCCAUCAAAGAGGCUCCGGAGCAGAAAGUCACCCUGAGCGGCAUCUACCAGUUCAUCAUGGACCGCUUCCCCUUCUACCACGACAACAAGCAGGGCUGGCAGAACAGCAUCCGCCACAACCUCUCUCUCAACGACUGCUUCGUCAAAGUGCCCCGCGAGAAGGGCCGGCCGGGCAAGGGCAGCUACUGGACGCUGGACCCGCGCUGCCUGGACAUGUUCGAGAACGGCAACUACCGCCGCAGGAAGAGGAAGCCCAAAGCCGCGGCAGCUCCGGACCCCAAAUCGGGCGAACAGCCGGCGCCCCCCUCUCGCCCCGUCGAGCCCAAGCGGGCCAAGGGCAGCGCGGGGGUCCCGCGGCCGGCCGGGGGCACCGCGGCUUCCCCCGGGGGAGAACCGGCCCCGGUGCCCCCCGCUGCCGCCCCGCCGCUCAAAAGCGCUCCCCGGGGCCGCAGCUUCAGCAUCGAGAGCAUCCUGGAGCAGGGGCUGCGGCCGCCGCCCGCCGGGGCUGCCCCCAAAGCGGCCCGGGCCAGUCCCGCCGGCUCGCUGCUGGCCAGCGGCUCCUUCGGGCCGGCCCUCAAUGCUUCCCUCCUGCUCGACUCCCAGGGGCACGGGAGGUUUUAUCACAUCGGCAUCCCCUUCCUCUCCUGCUUCCCGCUGCACUUCUCCGAGGCGGUGUUUCAUUUCCAGUAGCCGCCCCAUCAUUAAUGCCCCCCCUCCAUCCCGGCCCUGCUGCUCCGGGGGGCGCGAUGGGAGGGAGAGAUCGGACUCCGACCUCACCACGCGGGUAAAGACCUAAAAAAACCCCCCAAACCCCCAAAACCCCCAAAGCGAUGUUUUAAAGGUGACUCAGGAUUUCAGGGCAUUUUCAAGGCGCGUCUUGCUGCGGACUCUCUUUUGCGGGUGCCUCCCAGCCCCCGCCAGAGCGACUUUGGAAGGUAAAAGCGGUUUUGUUCUCCCGUGGGCUUUGCUCUGCACCUUUAGUUUCGCAUCCCUCAGGUUCCUCAGACCAGGUUUCCCUCGGGCCCUUCAGGUCUCUGUUUUCUUCUUUUAUUUUCCCUUUGAAAGCCAAGCCCCAUCCCAGGGGGAGGAGGCUGAGUUUUGUUUUGCCAUCAAUACCCAGAGGAAUUAAUAAUACCCGUAAUUUUGCCGUGAAUACCUGCAGGCACAUCAUAAUUCCUGAUAUUCCUCACUGGCCCAAUCCUCCCAGUGGGUAACUGGAGCUGAACUCAUGGCAGAACUGAGCAAUCCAGGCUCAUCCUGAAUAUUCCUGCUUGCUUUGAUCGUGUGGAACUGGUUUUCCUGCUCAGCAUUGGUGCCUUGGAGUAUCCUCACAGAGUUUCUGCUCAUGCAUGUGGCCAAAAAAUGGGGAUGGAUGAGCAAACACAGAGAUUUGUCUUGUUCCAUCUCUUACUGGGAUUGGUUGCUUCUGACCAAAAAAAGACUGAGGCAGGGUUGUGGAGGCCAGGACAAAUACCUGAAUAAAAAAAAAAAAUUAAAAAGGACAAAAAAAAAGAGGGACAUCAACUGUGUUUCUAAAGUUUUCUCUUUUUUUGAAAAGAAGGAAGAAUCCUGACACAUUGCAAGAAAUCAGGAAUAUUUUGUAUUUUUGUUUGCCAUAAAUAGAGGCUUUUUGUAUAUUAGUGGAUAAAUGCCCUUUUGGGAAAAAAAAUUAUAUUCUCAAUUUUCAUUAUGAAACCAAACCUAUAUCCAAUAAAGGUAUUUUUGUUCA